GACGGUGGCGGGUCGCGCUGUGCGGGCGGCGUGCGCGGCCGCGUGGGCCAUGGGGCGGCGGUCGCGGGGCCGGCGGCUUCAGCAGCAGCAGCAGCAGCAGCGGCCUGGGAGCGCGGAGGACGGCGGAAAGCGCAAUGGGGCGGGCUGGGAAGGCGGCUACCCCGAGAUCGUCAAGGAGAACAAGCUGUUCGAGCACUACUACCAGGAGCUCAAGAUCGUGCCCGAGGGCGAGUGGGACCAGUUCAUGGGAGCGCUCAGGGAGCCUCUCCCGGCCACUUUAAGAAUUACCGGUUACAAGAGCCAUGCAAAAGAGAUUCUCCAUUGCUUAAAGAACAAGUAUUUCAAGGAACUGGAGGACCUGGAAGUGGAUGGGCAGAAAGUUGAAGUUCCACAGCCCCUGAGUUGGUAUCCUGAAGAACUUGCCUGGCACACAAAUUUAAGUCGAAAAAUCUUGAGAAAGUCUCCACAGCUGGAAAAGUUUCACCAGUUUCUGGUCAGCGAGACGGAAUCUGGAAACAUCAGCCGUCAAGAAGCCGUCAGCAUGAUUCCACCGCUGUUGCUGAAUGCCCACCCACACCAUAAGAUCUUAGAUAUGUGUGCAGCUCCUGGGUCAAAGACCACACAGUUGAUUGAAAUGCUGCACGCGGACAUGAAUGUCCCCUUUCCAGAGGGCUUUGUCAUCGCCAACGACGUGGACAACAAGCGCUGCUACCUGCUGGUGCACCAGGCCAAGCGGCUGGGCAGCCCCUGCAUCAUGGUGGUCAACCACGACGCGUCCUGCAUCCCACGCCUGCAGAUGGACGUCAACGGCAGGAAGGAGGUCCUCUUCUACGACCGCAUCCUCUGUGACGUCCCUUGCAGUGGAGAUGGCACAAUGAGAAAAAACAUUGACGUCUGGAAGAAGUGGAGCACCUUGAACAGCCUGCAGCUGCAUGGUUUACAGCUGCGGAUUGCAACUCGGGGAGCUGAGCAGCUGGUGGAGGGGGGCAGGAUGGUGUACUCUACGUGCUCGCUGAACCCCAUCGAGGAUGAAGCCGUCAUAGCGUCGCUACUGGAAAAGAGUGAAGGUGCGUUGGAGCUCGCCGACGUGUCCUCAGAGCUGCCGGGACUGAAGUGGGUGCCUGGGCUCUCGCAGUGGAAGGUGAUGACUAAAGAUGGGCAGUGGUUCGCAUCCUGGAACGAUGUCCCCCACAAUAGACACACCCAGAUCCGGCCGACCAUGUUCCCCCCGAAGGACCCCGAGAAGCUGCAAGCCAUGCACCUGGAGCGGUGUCUUAGAAUAUUACCACAUCAUCAGAACACUGGAGGGUUCUUUGUGGCGGUGUUGGUGAAGAAGUCUUCAAUGCCGUGGAAUAAACGUCCCCCAAAGCUGCAGGGUUAGCCGGCGGUGCCGCAGGCCUCCGUCCCCCUGAACCCCGUGGAGCCUCCGGCGGGCAGCAGCUCUGACCCUUCAGAGCUGGAGAGCAAGCUGGCGCCUGGGAUCAGCGACACAGAAGCAAUGGAGACAGCGGAGAACGUGGAGAACAGUGGGAGUAAGAAGGAUGGCGUGUGCGGCCCUCCUCCAUCUAAGAAAAUGAAGCUGUUUGGAUUUAAGGAAGAUCCGUUUGUGUUUAUUCCCGAAGACGACCCGCUGUUUCCACCUAUCCAGAAGUUUUAUGCUUUGGAUCCCUCGUUCCCAAAGACAAAUCUGUUAACUCGCACCACGGAAGGGAAGAAGAGGCAGCUCUACAUGGUGUCCAAGGAGCUGAGGAACUACGUCCAAGUUCUGUUAACGCAGGAAAACCCAUUCUUUAGGAAGCUCAGCAGCGAGGCCUACAGCCAGGUCAAGGACAUGGCCAAGGGCAGCGUCGUCCUGAAGUACGAGCCGGACCCCACGAAGCCAGACGCGCUGCAGUGCCCCAUCGUGCUGUGCGGCUGGCGCGGCAAGGCCUCCGUGCGAACUUUCGUGCCCAGGAACGAGAGGCUGCACUACCUGCGCAUGAUGGGGCUGGAAGUGCCGGUGGGAAAGAAGCGAGAGGGUGCCGUUGGGGCGCCUGGGGCAGGCGUGGCCAGCCCCGCGGAGCCGGAAGACGGGGUGGAUGCGGCCAGCCCCGCGGAGCCAGAAGAUGGGGCCGGUGCUGAGCAAGAGGCCGGCCUGGACGCCUCCUCAGGUGGGGACCCGGCGGGCACUGGCCUGCCCCGGUGAGCCGCGGGGACCCCGCCAGGGUUGCCCCGAAGACCAGAUCUGGGACGUGCCUAUGAAGAUGCAGCUUACAGGAGGCCUGGUCUCCGGAUGAUCCCAGGACUCCCUUCACAUGGAGCUAACAGAAAGUAUCUUUUUAGCUUGUUAGUAACUGCUCACUUACUUUGUUUCUUCAGCAAAGUUGAUCCUCUGUGCCUGUUGCUGAUAACAGACUUGGAUCAUUAGAAGUCUUACUCUGCCAGGAAAUGUGACUGCCUUGGCAGGAAGCUUCAGGUCCCUUUUGUUAUGCCUGUAUUGGUCUUAAGGCCCAGAACUUCUUUUUAAGUGUUAUUUAUCGAGAGAAUCUGUCACUACUUCCAGAUCAUUGGAAGACUGUACUGUCAGCUUUAAUAAUUGUAUUGAGUUGCACAUGAGUGUGACGUUAGUAUGUGGUGGGGUUAACAUCUGAGGUGUCAGAUGACUUCUGUGCCUUUGUAAUAAAGGGUAAAACAAACUUUAUCUCACAGUAAGAGUUUAUUGUGAGUUUGUGAUACUAGUUAUGAAGGUUUUGUGUGCUUUUAUUGGAAUGCUCUGCAAUUAAAUAAUUUUUAAAUGGGGUUUGGGAUCCUUGGAAAGUUUAAAUAAAGAAUUAUUAAUGAAAACA